UCAAUAUAUUCAGUAAUUUUUCUUUAAGGAAACCAGAUGUUGAGCUUGCACUGAAUGUUGUCAGUGAUACAUCUCUCAUUUGUUUUGUUUUUAAUCCCAGAAGAAGUUAUCUGUAUACAACAAGAUGCAAGAGUCUCUGGAAGUGACCCUUCCGAGCAAGCAAGAGGAGGAUGAGAAAGACCAGCCCACCGAGAUGGAGUACCUUAACUCUCGCUGCGUCCUCUUCACUUACUUCCAGGGAGACAUUGGUUCAGUAGUGGAUGAACACUUCUCAAGAGCUUUGAGCCAAGCCAGUAGCUUCAAUCCAGAAACUGCCCUUACCAAGAGCAAGGCAGGGCUAAGUCCUCUGUGGAGAGAAAGCUCAACAAUUUCAAGCCAAAGGAGCAGUUUCCCAACUUCAUUUUGGACCAGCUCUUAUCAGCCUCCCCCUCCACCAUGCCUAAGUGGAGUACACCCUGAUUUCCCUGUUACUGCACCAGGCACCUUCCCAACACCAGAUCCUAGCAGCUGGCCAGGACACGGCCUUCAUCAGACUGCCCCGCCUCCUCCCCCUGCUGCAUCUGAAUCCUGGCAUUAUCCUUUAGCAUCUCAGGUGAGCCCUUCGUAUGCACACAUGCAUGACGUGUACAUGCAUCGCCAUCAUCCUCACCCACACAUGCACCAUCACCAUCCCAGCUCGCACCGCGACCCUCGGUACGGGUCCCUGCUGAUGCCAUCAGUCCGCGCAGCCAGGAUUCCUGCUCCCCAGUGUGACGUGACAAAGACAGAUCCCGCUGCUGUCACCAGCGCUACCUCAGCAUGGGCUGGAGCCUUUCAUGGAACAGUGGACAUUGUGCCAAGUUUUGGGUUUGACACAGGUCUACAGCAUCAAGACAAGAGCAAGGAAACUUCUUGGUUCUGAAGUUCAGAAAAAUUAAGACCAGCUAUAGCUGGAGUCAGCGCAGCUGGGCGGGCGAUGUAACAGUCGUUGACUCCUGCAUGGGGCAAAGGACACACAUGAAGAUGAAGAGCCAACCAUUCUGGUUUUGCUAUUGAGCCUUUUGUUUGUAAGGCCAUUUAUGGGUCCCACAGUGUUGAAAAAAAUCAAAAACCUAACUUUUCUUUCUUUCUUCAUCUGAGCCUGCUGCAGCUGGGCAACCUAACUCCUUUCUGCUCCUUUAACAGUGUUUUGUUUUGUUCAGCUUGAUAUUUUUAUGAACAGUCUCAAUUGUCAGGAAAAAGACUCUCCCUUAACUACAGUGCGCCUUUCAGGAAUACAGUAUUUUGUAGCUCUUUGUGCAUCUAUUUUUGUAGAAAUACAGAAAGUUUGGGUAAGGAUUGAUGGGCUAUUUUAGGAUGACAUAUUUUUUUAAAAAAAAUUGUAAAAUUGUUAAGUUCUGUUUAAAGAACUUGCUCUCAGAGAAGCACUGGCAAAAAAAAGUAUAAAAAUGCUAUUUUUAGAUGUCUGUGAUGUGUUUGUGCAUUUUGGGUUUUUUUGUUUGUUACCUCAAAUGUCUAUCUUUCCUUUCUUUUUAAAGAGCUAAACCUUCCCUUGUUUCCACAUUACUAGAUUUUGAUGUUUUUGUCCUUCUGUUGUAGCUUAAGCAAGUAUAAUUCACACCUAAAGUUUCAGCCAAAUAUUUUUCCUGUUGUUAGAUUGUAGUAAGGGUGGUUUUAUUUUCUCGCUUCUGAAGGUGGCUUUGUGUUGUACUGACUGUCAGAAACUUGCAAACACCUGUAGCAUGGAGCAAAGUUUGGGGUUACAGGAACUGCAUUUCCAACCCAACCAUUCUUUCAAAAUGGACCAAAUAAUCUUACAGAUUUAAAUCAGACAUGAGUUUUGGCCUCAUCUAUGAUCCACUGUAGCUGUUGAACACAGUCACCUAUGGGUUAUGGUUUAGGCCCUUAUAGUGCUAAUAAACAUCAGUAUACUCUUAUUUUAACUCAUGAGGCAGGACUUUCAGCUAAGCCAUUUCAAGGGUAGUAACUUAUCAAUAUUCAGGAAAGAAAUGUCAGUUUUAUAAAAAUGUGUGACUUCUGGAAACAAAAUGUUUUCAACUGACCUGAUCUGUCUGCUGAGCACCUGAAGGAAAGAGCUGAAAUUUUCAGCUCCUGUUGACUUCAAAAUCUGUUGUCUAACCUCAGUUUUGCUGUGGGCCUUAUGAGACCCCAGCUGCAGCUCUUGAAUUUCGUAAGAAUUUGCACGUGCUCAGCGUGCACAAAUUCAGGCUUGGCUGUUGUCUGGGUAAGAAUCUGAACUUGGAAAUGACAUGGCCAUGUCUCGCCACAGUGCUCUGCAAACUGUUUGGGAAACCCCAUUUCUGGCCUGGGACUUGGGUCUGACUUGCAUAAUAAGGACUUCCCUUGAAGCCAAGAUGAGCAUGAUCCAACUCUGAAUAAGGGCUGCAAGAUUACUCCUGGCAGCCCCAGUCCUGUGUUGGGCUGGACCUGGGUCAGCCUCCAUGCCCAGCCCUUGGCAACUCCAACAAGUGUCAGCAUGUGCUUAGGUGUGACCAAGCACAGGAUUGGGGCCUGGGUUGCCAGAUCCUUGCUAUUGCUUGGAGAUGUUGCCUUUCUGCUCUGUGCACCCUCUGUAAUAUUUCCCGUGGCUCUUAUAACCUAUUAUAUUUGUUGCCACUGUUCUCAGACAUCCCUGUCUGAAAGACAAACAAGUUAAAUGGAAACCAAAACAUAAACACAUGGCUGAGAUAAGAAACACUUAAUUUUAAGGCAACGAGCAUUGUAAAUAUAGGUUUGUCAGGUGGAGACCACAUGGAUCUGCGUGUGGAAGGGGAGGGAGAGUGUUGGGAUGUGCACACCACUCCGAGGUUCAGGCUUCCCUCCCUGUGCUGCUGCUUCUCUCCAGGCUUUUUGAACUUGGUUCUGUGAGGUGUUGAGUGUUCUCCCUUGCCAUGUGAGAGGGCUUGACAUACUGGCACUGGAGGCAUUAGGGUGAUGUCACAAUUUGGCAAGAUCCUUAAGUGUGUACCUUGCAGAGUUGAAGUUUUAGACAGUGUAAAAGUGCUGAAUGGACUGUGCUUAAAUAUUGCUUUAAAAUAGUAGGGUUGUAGCUUUUGUUCUGGGAUCCUGAAUUAAAUGUGGUUGGGUUUUCCUCCUUGUCUUUAUAGUCCAUCAGCAUUUCUUUCUCUUAAUAAAUUCCACUCGCAUUACAGUUCCAUAUAUUAUUGCUGCUCUGGUGGAGCUAGCUCCUCAAUUUGUCAAUGAAAAUGCAAUGGGAAAACUGUAUGGGAGGGAACAUAGUAAUAGCUGCCAUGGUUCACUUUCUUAUCAGGAUGGUAUAGUUCAGGAAGUAUCUCAAGAAUAAGAGUUCUGAUAUAGGAAUUCUGACAAUAUUAGAAAUACUGGGAGGGAAAAAAAAAUCCAAGGUUUGGUGGGUGGUUUUUUUCUGUACUUAUCAAAGCUGGAAGGCAAAUAGGCUGUGUAUCCUCUUCGAACUUCAGGGCUGGAGAGUUUGGGUAGCAGGGGAAGGAAAAAGGCAACAGUACUGCAAGAGCAGUCAGUUCAUUGCCUUCCUCUUUGCAAGUUCAGAUAAUGAGGGGCCUUCUGUUUCCUAGAUAUCAAAGCAGAACGGGACAGG